AUGAGAAAACUGAAUGGGCAGAAAUUGAAGACUCGAGUUAUUUACAAUGACGUGAAUCCUGAGUGGAAUGAAGAUUUGACUCUCUCAGUAACCGAUCCCAAACUCAAAGUCCUCUUGACGGUGUAUGAUCACGAUACAUUCACCAAAGACGACAAAAUGGGAGAUGCAGAAUUCGAGAUCAAGACGUACAUCAAUGCAUUGACUAUGCACUUGCAAGAUCUCCCGUGUGGGACCAUAGUGACUACAGUCCAGCCUAGCCGAGACAAUUGCUUAGCGGAGGGUUCUCGGAUCAUCUGGUCUGAUGGUAAGCUCAUUCAGGAUAUAGUCCUUAGACUAAAAAAUGUUGAGUGCGGUGAGGUUGAGGUUCAACUUCAAUGGAUUGAUCUUCCUGGCUCCAAGGGUCUAUGA